ACGCUGUUAGGGCUGUGCGACCACUAGAUGGAAGACCAGAGGGUCAGGCAGCCUUAGGUGGACAUGCUGAAGCCGUUGGAAACAAGUGACAGGAAACGAAGAUCUAGGUCAUCUGGAUGUCAGCAUGGCAGCCACGAACCUGGAGAACCAGCUGCACAGCGCGCAGAAGAACCUCUUGUUCCUCCAGCGGGAGCACGCCAGCACGCUCAAGGGGCUGCACGCUGAGAUCAGGCGGCUGCAGCAGCACUGCACAGAUUUAACAUAUGAGCUGACACUCAAAAGUUCGGAACAGACAGGAGACAGCUCUUCUAGAAGCAGCGAGCUCAAGAAAAGAUGCGAAGAACUGGAAGCUCAGCUGAAAGCCAAGGAGGACGAAAACAACGAGCUGUUGAAGGAGCUGGAGCGGAAGAACGCGAUGAUCGCGGUGCUGGAGAACACGGUCAAGGAGCGGGAGAAGAAGUACCUGGAGGAGCUGAAGGUGAAGAGCCACAAGCUGAGCAUGCUGUCCGGCGAGCUGGAGCAGCGCGCCGGCACCAUCGCCUACCUGACCGCCCAGCUGCACGCCGCCAAGAGGAAGCUCCUGAGCUCCAGCGGCCCCUCCGACGGCAGCCCGUCCGGGAGCCCCGUGCUGGCCAGCUACAAGCCAGCCCCCCCCAAAGACAAGCUGCCCGAAACACCCCGCCGCCGCAUGAAAAAGAGCCUCUCUGCCCCCCUGCACCCGGAGUUCGAAGAGGUCUACAGGUUUGGGGCCGAGAGCCGGAAACUACUUUUGCGGGAGCCCGUGGAUGCCAUGCCUGACCCCACCCCGUUCCUGCUGGCCCGGGAGUCAGCCGAGGUCCACCUCAUCAAGGAGAGGCCCCUGGUGAUCCCCCCCAUUGCUUCUGAGCGCAGCUCGAGCGAGCAGCACAGCCCGGCCCGCGAGAAGCAGCACAAGGCCCACGUGGGGGUGGCCCACCGCAUCCAGCACGCCGCCCCGCAGGCCCCGCCCGAGGUGGAGACACUGGCGGUCGACCAGGUGAGCGGAGGCAAGGUGGUGAGGAAGCACUCAGGGACGGACAGAACUGUGUGAAGCCCGCUGGCCCUCCAUCCUCGCUGUCGCCGCACUGUGAUCACUACCAGGAAAAACUCGUCCACACCUUUCUUUUUUGUUGUUAAUUCCCAUGCAUGCCAAAUUGUUUUCAGACCUGUCAACAGAUUGUUCUCCUCCUGCUCCUCUUGCCCUCUUCCUGACACCAACAGAUGAUCGUGUCCCUGCUGCAGAAUACGCAUCUACUGACCGCUGUGGCCAAACACCUGUGCGCCGCGCCGCUUCCUUCCAGUCCUAGCCUGUGCAGUCCGAGCGCGCUCGUGGACAGAGCACAGGCCGCAGGCCGCGUCACUACUCAUGUUAAUGAAACCAGAUAGUCACACGCCUAACUAUAAAGUCGGAGCAACACAUAGCGACCUUGACCUGUCCCUCCAGUUUCCAGGGCAGCUGUCCGGAGCAGCCCCUGCUCCCUCCUGGAGACCUUAGCCUCCUGACACCCUUUCCCAGGGCGGCACCGAUCACCGAGCAGCUGUAUGUGUAUGUCACAGGCACUAAAUAAGAUGACGUUACUCCUCGUGUCACCACAACCUGAAUGUGUGUUCAUAUUUUUUGUUAGUUUUAUCCCAAAUGUUCAAGAUCCCAACAAACUUUAUUUUCUAAACCUGC